ACUACAUGAAUAAAGCCAGUUUGACUGAUACAACCUUUCCAACUAACUCCUCCUCUUUUUUCUCCUCUACCUCCUCCUCCCCCCUUUUCUCCUCCUCCUCCUCUUCCCCAAAGCUAAGCUUUCAGAUCAAUGUUUAGAAGGGAAAACAGAAGACCGAUUUUUAGAUCCAUCACAUUCACUUACCAAAGGCCCAGCUUUAGUUUGGCAAUCCUGCCCUUAAAAAAGCAUUUCUCUGAGCAUACACCGGAGGACUACCAGCCCCAACUCUCAGGUGGUGAAGUAUUUUGUCCAAAGUGCUUCCUUUAUGACUCAGUAGAAGGGUCAACCAAAUCAGAAGAUCUCCUUCCAAGUCAUGAUUGAAGAGCACACCAAAGAAGAUCACAAAUGCCACAGGCACGAAUCUUCAAAGAACGAGCAGGGUUAUAUAUCAUCUCAUUUUGUUCUGGAGGAAAAGAAAGCAGAUCCUUGUGUCAGCCUUCAAGUUAUAUAACAGGCAACUAUCUGCAGGCGCCCAAAAAGAAGGGAGGAGGAGGAGGAGGAAAGAAGGGAAAAGUAAAAGCUUCCCCCAUUGUCGACGGCAUCCCACCAGAAGAAAUGAACAAGGAACAGGUGGAGGAGCACAUUUUGCGAAUCAGAGAAGAGCUGGACAGGGAAAGGGAGGAACGCAACUACUUUCAGCUGGAGCGAGACAAGAUCCACACGUUCUGGGACAUCACCCGGAGGCAGCUGGAGGAGAAGAAAGCUGAGCUACGGAAUAAGGAUCGAGAGAUGGAGGAGGCUGAAGAGAGGCACCAAGUGGAGAUUAAAGUUUACAAACAGAAAGUAAAGCAUUUGCUGUAUGAGCACCAGAAUAACCUGACGGAGAUGAAAGCUGAGGGAACCGUGUCCUUGAAGCUGGCUCAAAAGGAGCACCGGACGCAGGAGAACGAGAUGCGCAAGAACAUGCGCUGUCUCAAGGUGGAGCUCAAGGAGCAGGAGCUGGCCAAUGAAGUGGUGAUGAAAAAUCUGCGCCUGAAACAUGAUGAGGAGAUUACUCGGAUGAGGAAUGACUUUGAGAGACAAGUCCGAGAGAUCGAGUCCAAAUAUGAUAAGAAAAUGAAAAUGCUGCGAGAUGAGCUGGAUCUUCGGAGGAAGACAGAAAUCCAUGAGGUUGAGGAGAGAAAGAAUGGCCAGAUCAACACGCUGAUGAAGAACCACGAGAAGGCCUUCAGCGACAUCAAGAACUACUACAACGACAUCACCCUGAACAAUCUGGCCCUCAUCAACUCUCUCAAGGAGCAAAUGGAAGACAUGAAAAACAAGGAAGACCAUUUAGAAAAAGAGAUGGCGGAAGUGAUGCUCCAGAACAAAAGGCUGGCGGAGCCACUGCAGAAGGCCCGAGAGGAACUGAUGGACCUCCAUAAGAAACUAGUCAACUAUGAGAAGGAUCGACAGGCCCUGGCUAAUACAAAAGCUCGCCUGAAAAUCACUGAGAAGGAAUUGAAAGACUUGCAGUGGGAGCAUGAAGUGUUAGAGCAGCGAUUCAUCAAGGUUCAAGAAGAACGAGAUGACCUGUAUUCCAAAUUCAGCAAGGCCAUCCUAGAAGUGCAGCAGAAAACAGGUUUUAAGAAUCUGAUCCUGGAGCGCAAGCUGAUGACCCUCUCGAAUGUGAUGGAGAGGAAGGAAGUGCAGAUGAAUGAGAUCCUCUCUGCCUCCAACCUUGACCCCGAAGCCCUUGCGGUGGUCUCCCGAAAGCUGGAGGAUGUCCUGGAUUCUAAAAACAGCACUAUCAAGGACCUGCAGUAUGAGCUCGCCCGUGUUUGCAAGGCUCACAACGACUUGCUGCGAACCUAUGAAGCCAAGCUCACUGCCUUCGGCAUCCCCCUGGACAACAUGGGCUUCAGGCCUCUGGAGACCUCAGUCAUAGGACAGACCCUGGGGCACGGCCCCGCCGGGCUGGUCUCCAUGCCCACGUAGCCUGGAUGGAGCACGGCCUGCCCUUCUCUCCCCCCCUCCACAAGCCGAGGGGCUGAGGCUGGCGACGCCUCCAGAGAUGAUGGCACUAGAAUGCCCCCCUUUCAUAGACUUAAGAUGUCUCAUUUUGGAGUUUCUGGUGUGAGAUCAUGAUCAUCCUAUGAACGUGGCGAGAAGAAAGUGAAGAAAGACAAGCACCCAUGAAGCUGAAUUUACCUGGAGUAGUUCUUCCUGGAGAGAGAGAGAGACAGAGAGAGACAGAGAGAGAGAGACAGACAGACAGAACCUCAUUACCUUUGGUGAUUAAAGGUGUCAAAUUCUGGCUUGUAUAAACCUGUGGUAGUGGUUUACUAAUAGUUCAUUUUUAUAUAGCACUUUUCUUACAAGAUGAGGUGGAACCAAGCCUCAGAGACUUUCUUACAGUUAUGUAGGAUUUCUUACCAUGGAUUCCUUACCGUGGACAUGAUACUGGUUGGUAGAGAUCUUACCAAAUUCCUUUUUCCAUGAAUGGGUCUUAGAAUUUGGGGUAGGGUUCUCCCAAAGGGGAAACAGGAUCUGAAAGAUUUAAUAGCGUAAUAAAGAUUUUCCAGGAAAUUAUACAUAUUCACUCACAAGCUAAAUAUAGGCUUGCUCACCUUCAAACUAACUGUCCGUGGUUCUCUAGUGUCCGAGUUAGUCUGUUGUAGGCUUUGUGUCUGUUCUCUAUUCAGCAUGUCCAGAGUAGACUCUGACCACUUUUUCCAGAUUGAUGUCUAGCCAGUUGUCUUAUAAAAUUUCAUUUCCAGUAGAAUUUAAGCUCCUUGAGGGCAAGGAAUGAUUUGGUUUGUUUUUAAAGUCCUUGUAUCUCACUCCCAGAACAGUGCCUUGAACAUGUGUUUAAUAAAUGCUUAUUGAAUUAAAA